CACCAGCGAGGACGACGCGUGAUGCUCCGCUCGGGCUGUUUCCACGUAAUGACGGAUGCUGAACCGCGUCCCACCCCCCUGCCCCACACGAACGGUCCUCCAUGGUGCCAACAGACGGACAUUACGCGGCCGAGGAAAACAACAAACAGCCUCCAUCGCUAGGUUUGAGAUCAUCGCCAGUGUAGUUCGGUGUUGAUGUCCGAGUGCCGCCAUGGCAAACAGGGGACCAAGCUAUGGGCUCAGCCGUGAGGUCCAAGAGAAGAUUGACCAGAAGUAUGAUGUGGAGAUUGAGUCUCGGCUCGUGGAUUGGAUCGUGGCCCAGUGCGGUGGCGACCUGGAGCGACCUGAACCUGGCAAACAGAACUUCCAGAAAUGGCUCAUGAGCGGAACGAUUCUCUGUCGGCUCAUCAACAGUCUGUACCCCAGUGGUGAGGAACCCAUUAAGAAAAUUACAGAAACCAGUAUGGUCUUUAAGCAAAUGGAAAAGAUUUCACAGUUCCUGCAGGCUGCUGAAAAUUACGGUGUCACCAGAGGAGACAUAUUCCAAACUGUUGAUCUGUGGGAAGGAAAGGACAUGGCUGCAGUCCAGAGGACACUGAUUGCUCUGGGAAGUGAAGCUCUGACAAAGGACGAUGGACAUUACCGUGGAGACAAAGACUGGUUUCACAGGAAAGCCAAGGUCCACAAGAGGGAGUUUUCUGAGGAGCAGCUGCGUCAAGGUCGCAGUCUUAUCGGUUUGCAAAUGGGAAGCAAUCGUGGAGCGUCUCAAUCUGGCAUGGUAGGGUACGGCACCCCGCGGCAGAUCAUGCGGUUUGACUCUCCUCGACACAACGGACAUGAGAGCAAUCCCUAAACACCACACGGGAGUGUGUUUCCCAAAAGCACCUAUGGUCGCAAGUUCCGUCAUUUCCUGUAGAGUUCAGUGGAAACUAAAAUAAUUAGCUAAUGAUGCUUUUGGGAAACUCCUCCCGGUUUGGUAUUUAAAAUCUGCGCUGGAGCCGAAAGCCAAAUCUAGAGCUCCGGUUGUAGAAGGAAUGUGUAUCUGUCUGUGUGUGUGUGUGUAUAUAGAUAAACUGUGGACUGUUACUGCUUACACACAUUAGAAUGUUGUCCCUUCACCCACAAUGCACCAGUACUGGCUGCUAUUGUCUCUUAGGCAAGCUCCAGAUAAUAAACUAAUUAAAUUGAAUAUAGCAACUCUAAAAUGCGUGCAUCUCGAUAAACAUGUAACCCUUUAAGAAUUGUAAGCUGACAAUCUGGUACUUGAACGUUUAUUUAAAAAUACGCCUUUGGCUGAUGCUCUUAAGCGAAGCAACAUAAAAGGAAUUGUGUCCUGUGAAAUUAACCCCCAGAAUAUCAGCAUCACACGCCCAUGCUCUACCGGUUGGGCUGAAUGAGUUGUGCAUGCUGUGCAAUAGGAACGUUCUGAGGAAAAGUCUAUUUUUACCUAAAGCCAUAUGUAACCGAGAUAUACAUAACAAACAGCGCUUAAAAUAGUAUUUGAUUUAACUGAUACUGUGCUCAGUUGUUACCAAAUGUACAUUAUUGUUGACGUACGCUAACUAUAAAGGUUCUUGUUCCUGCUAGCAGAACGCGCCAAACUAAUCGACUCAGGUCAGUCUGUAAUGUCUUUCAAAAAAUGUCAUUGCUGUGCAGAAUUCUCUGAUGUCACUGCAAAGAAAUGAUGCUAUACAUUCCAGUGAUAGGAGAAAAGAGCUAUGCGCUUAAAGGGUUACUCCACCCAGAAAUGCUUACCCCGUUGUUGUUCCACACCUGUAAAAAAAACGGCUGACACAGAGAAGAGAAGCAGUUUACAUCGAGUGAAUGUUCUCCAAAACGGCUCUGCGGUGACGUGGUGAGACACAGGGGAGAAGAACUGUUGAAACAUUUUUCAUUUUCUCUGACAAUGUCUUUCAUACUUUUCUGGUCCUCGACAGUGUUCAUUACUAGGCAGUUAACGGGACAGUCACAAGCCCCGUUUUCAUCCAAAAUAACUUAACUUGUGUUCCGAAGACGAACAAAGCUUUUACCGGUUUGUAACGACAUGGGGGGGAGACAAAAUUUUCAUUUUGGGGUGGAGUCUGAAUCAAGUUAAACUGAUACGAAAGAAAGUGGUACUUAUUAAGUCAUUCUUAAUGCAGCUAUUUUCAACUUUUGUUCAUUUUAUGCAUUAACUAACAUGCAUGUAAAGUAAAUGUGCUUCUGAUGCCAAGACUGUAUUGCAGAUUAAUUCUAUUUAUUUACUGUGAAGUUUCACGUUUGUCAAAGGUACUGUGUAUCAAAAUACUUUCCGAUUGUCAUGAUUAAAAUCUUUGGCCGUUUAGUUCCAACGUUGCUUGUUUUUACUUUUGUGGUUUGAUUUUAAAUCUGCUUAUUUAUUAGAUAUUACAUUUUCUUUUUUUGCUAUUUACUAGAAGUCUUAGUUAAGAUUUAUUGGAACGUGGAUGCAUUUGUUUUCUUUUAUUCAACAUUGUUUGACUAUUGUAAAGCGAGGUCUAGAUAUUAGUCUCAGUUUUUAAUCGUGUGCGCAAAUGUCUAUCGUUUCGGUAACUGUUGCAAAUAUAUCUUACUCUUCA